UGGUGUAGAAAGGAUGUGGAAACCACAAACGAAGUUUGCUUGAAAGUCACUGGCUGCCCCUGCCUUCUUGACAGUGCAAUUACUUGUCAGCCUGGUGACUCAUUUCAGCAAAGGCGGGACACAACCGACCUGCCAGCUGGGGCCUUUCUGGGACUACUUCAGGGGACUUUGCACGUCAAUAAAGAGGAGAUUCUAAACUGGAGCAAGGAGUUUGCCAAGAGCCAGCAAGUAGCAGUUGAAAGAGCAAAGAAAUUGUCAAACAGCACUCCAGAAAAAGUGGUGCCAAUUUGUACCCACCGAGAGUGAAUGAGAAUAGCAGUUUCCCAGAACCUUGCCAGCAAUGAAUAUGGAACAUCUCUGCUAAUGGGGGUCCCAAGUGAUGGUGGUUUACGUGGCGGACGAGCUAAACCCGGUACAACUGGUUAGCACGGCGAAGCCCGGCGUGGCACCUGCUGGCUGGUGGGUGUGAACCGCAGGAUCUCAGCGUCUCAACCCAAGAGGCAGCAUGUCUAAGAAGAGCCGGAACAAGGGCGAGAGGCCCGAGAUGGAGCCUGACGCCGUGCAAAUGGCUAAUGAGGAGCUGCGGGCCAAGUUGACGAGCAUUCAGAUCGAGUUCCAGCAGGAAAAGAGCAAGGUGGGCAAACUGCGCGAGCGGCUGCAGGAGGCCAAGCUGGAGCGCGAGCAGGAGCAGCGGCGACACACGGCCUACAUCUCGGAGCUCAGGGCCAAGCUGCACGAGGAGAAGACCAAGGAGCUGCAGGCGCUGCGCGAGGUGCUCAUCCGGCAACACGAGCAGGAGGCGGCGCGAACGGCCAAGAUCAAGGAGGGCGAGCUGCAGCGGCUGCAGGCCACGCUCAACGUGCUCCGGGACGGCGCGGCCGACAAGGUCAAGACGGCGCUGCUGGCCGAGGCGCGCGAGGAGGCGCGCAGGACCUUUGACAGCGAACGCCUGCGGCUGCAGCAGGAAAUCCUGGAGCUCAAGGCUGCGCGCAAGCAGGCCGAGGAGGCGCUCAGCAACUGCAUGCAGGCCGACAAGACCAAGGCGGCGGACCUGCGCGCUGCCUACCAGGCGCACCAGGACGAGGUGCACCGCAUCAAGCGCGAAUGCGAGCGGGACAUCCGCAGGCUGAUGGAUGAGAUCAGAGGGAAGGACCGUGUGAUUCUGGCCUUGGAGAAGGAACUUGGGGUGCAGACCGGUCAGACCCAGAAGCUGCUUCUUCAGAAGGAGGCUUUGGAUGAGCAGCUGGUUCAGGUCAAAGAGGCGGAGCGGUACCACAGUAGCCCAAAGAGAGAGCUCCCGCCUGGGAUAGGGGACAUGGCAGAGCUCAUGGGCGUCCAGGAUCAGCAUUUGGACGAGCGAGACGUGAGGCGAUUCCAGCUAAAAAUUGCCGAGCUGAACUCGGUGAUACGGAAGCUGGAGGACAGAAAUACCCUCCUGGCAGACGAGAGGAACGAACUGCUGAAACGCUCCCGGGAGACCGAGGUCCAGCUGAAGCCCCUGGUGGAGAAGAACAAGCGAAUGAACAAGAAGAAUGAGGACUUGCUGCACAGCAUCCAGAGGAUGGAGGAGAAAAUCAAGAACCUCACGAGGGAAAAUGUGGAAAUGAAAGAAAAGCUGUCUGUGCAGGCGUCUCUGAAGCGACACACUUCCUUGAACGACCUCAGCCUGACCCGGGACGAGCAGGAGAUUGAGUUCCUGCGGCUGCAGGUGCUGGAGCAACAGCAUGUCAUCGACGACCUGUCACUGGAGAGGGAACGGCUCUUGCGCUCCAAAAGACAUCGCGGGAAAAGUCUGAAGCCCCCCAAGAAGCAUGUUGUGGAGACAUUUUUUGGAUUUGAUGAGGAGUCUGUGGACUCGGAAACAUUGUCAGAAACAUCCUGCAACACAGACAGGACGGACAGGGCCCCAGCUACACCGGAGGAAGACUUGGACGAUACAACAACCAGGGAGGAGGCCGACCUGAGGUUCUGCCAGCUGACCAGGGAGUACCAGGCCCUGCAGCGGGCCUAUGCCCUGCUUCAGGAGCAGGUCGGGGGGACGCUGGAUGCCGAGAGAGAGGCCCGGACUCGGGAGCAGCUACAAGCUGACCUGCUGAGGUGUCAGGCCAAAAUCGAAGACUUGGAGAAGUUACUGGUUGAGAAGGGACAGGAUUCCAAGUGGGUGGAAGAGAAGCAGCUGCUCAUCAGAACAAACCAAGACUUGCUGGAAAAGAUUUACAGGCUGGAAAUGGAAGAGAACCAGCUGAAGAACGAAAUGCAAGACGCGAAGGACCAGAACGAGCUGCUAGAGUUCCGAGUGCUGGAGCUCGAAGAGAGAGAGCGGAGGUCGCCAGCAUUUAACCUCCAAAUCACCACCUUCCCCGAGAACAACAGCAGCGCUCUCCAGCUGUUCUGUCACCAGGAAGGAGUUAAGGAUGUGAAUAUUUCUGAACUUAUGAAGAAGCUAGAUAUCCUUGGCGAUAACGGGAAUUUGAGAAACGAAGAACAGGUUGCAAUAAUCCAAGCUGGAACUGUGCUUGCCCUGUGUGAAAAGUGGCUGAAGCAAAUAGAGGGAACUGAAGCAGCUCUGACCCAGAAGAUGUUGGACCUGGAGAGAGAAAAGGACCUGUUCAGCAGGCAGAAGGGCUAUCUGGAGGAGGAGCUGGACUACAGGAAGGAAGCCCUCGACCAGGCUUACCUGAAAAUCCAGGAGCUGGAGGCCACGCUCUACAACGCGCUGCAGCCGGAGCCGGGGCGGAGGGCCAGCGAGGCACUGAGCGAGGGCCAGCGGGAGGACCUGCAGGCCGCCGUGGAGAAGGUGCGCCGGCAGAUCCUGAGGCAGAGCCGGGAGUUCGACAGCCAGGUCCUGCGGGAGCGCAUGGAGCUGCUGCAGCAGGCCCAGCAGAGAGUCCGAGAAUUGGAGGCUAAGCUGGAGAUCCAGAAGAGACAUCUGAAGGAGUUGGAGGAAAAGUUUUUGUUCCUUUUUUUGUUUUUCUCACUAGCAUUCAUUCUGUGGCCUUGAUGACUUCAGUGAGCAAAGAACUCGGGAUAGAAAAAGAGCUUAUGGAAUAAAUUGAGUCCCUACAGCAACCCCAACCCCACUCAAACCAAAAUUCAACAGCAAAACAAGCUACUUCAAGCCAGAGACUGAAAACAGAAUUCACGUGUAGUUGAUGAGGAGGCC